AUGACUGAUUCUGAACUAUUAAAGAAACCGCUAAAGGUGGUAUUGCUGCAAAUCAAGGCGGGUUUUGACAAAACGAAGAACCUGCAAAAUGCGGCUUCAUUUCUAGAGAAGGCGAUGAACCAAUAUCCAGACGCUGAUCUGGCCGUUUUACCUGAGUGCUUCAACUCACCAUACUCUGUGAGUGAGUUUGCAAAUUAUGCGGAAAACAUCCCCAAUGGUGAGAGUACCCAGUUCCUGUCCAGUCUCGCUAAGAAACAUGAGGUCAUGUUGGUGGGAGGGACAAUUCCCGAACUGGGGGACGAUUCGAAGAUAUACAACACCUCAGUGACUUUCAACAGAGAAGGUGAAAUCAUAGGCAAGUUCAGAAAGAUACAUCUUUUCGAUAUCGACAUUCCCGGUGGAAUCACUUUCAAAGAAAGCAUCACUCUCACUGGUGGGGACGAGCUGAUCACCUUAAAUCUCCCCGGAUUUGGCUCAAUGGGCGAGGGAAUAUGCUAUGACGCCAGAUUCCCGGAGCUGGCUGCUAUCUCUGCCAGAAAAGGAUGUUUCGGAAUGGUAUAUCCGGGUGCAUUCAACACUGUCACUGGCCCAUUGCAUUGGCACCUUCUCGCCAAGGCAAGAGCCGUCGAUAACCAGAUGUUUGUGAUAUUCUGUUCUCCCUCCAGAGAUACAGACUUUUCGUACCAUGCAUAUGGUCAUUCGCUAGUAGUGGAUCCAAAUGGGAAGAUACUGGCGGAAGCUCAGGAAGGAGACGAGAUCGUUUACGCGGAGUUGGAUCCUGAGGUCUUGGUGAGGACCAGGGCAAGUAUUCCAGUUACCACGCAGAGACGUUUUGAUGUGUACACCGAUGUAGCGAAAUAG